AUGUCUUUAUUUUUGAACCUUGUCUGCGGCCUCAUGUUUUUCGAAAUGGGAUUGUUCUCUGCUAUGACAAUUCCAUUUCCCCCAAAGAUUAGAAAACCCAUACUCAAUAUCGUGUCGUUGCCCUUCAAAUCGAUACAUUUCCAGGUGGCAUAUAAAUGUAUUUUAGGAUUCAUUUUGAUCCUGUUCAUCGAUUCAGUGAAUAAAGUGAUCAAAGUGAGCAGUGACUUGACUUCGUUUGAUUCUGCUGCCUCUUCUGCCCUAGGCAACAAUUCAGUUGACAGAACUGAUAUUUUGUUACGAAGAUUUUAUGCUCAAAGAAACAUGUACAUAUGCGGGUUCACUUUGUUCUUGACGCUGAUUCUCAGCCGAACCUAUGCUCUGGUCGACGAAGUAAUGGUUUUGAAGGAACAAAGAUAUUCCAAGGUUGCUAAUUCAGCAGACGCUGCUGAUCCAGACGAGGUGAGUAAGUUGAAAGCUCAAUUGACAGAGAAGGAAGAAAAUAUCCAGAUUUUAAAGAAACAAGCUGAACACUUGAGUAAGGACUACGAGGAAUUGAUUGCAAAAAAACCAAAAAAUGAGUAA